AUGUUAUCUCUCAUCGUGAAUGGUGAAUUAAAAACAUCUGGGUUUUACACGGGGAAAGGAAAAGGUAAAGCAAUAGAUCUUUCUGAAGAAGAAAAACCUGAAUCACCACCUAAGUCUGAGACCGAUUCAGAGUAUGAGGAAGAUACUAGGAAAGCUAUUGCACUCUCAUUACAAGAAAAAAAAGGAGAGUCUUCUAAACGUAGCUGGAGUAAGGAAGAUUCUCCUGUAGGAUUUGAUAUGGAUAAAUUAGCUAUUUAUAUCCAAGAUUGA